CCAGUCAGCAAUAAAGAUUUACUUGAGUAUGCUAUUCUUGGUCUGGGAUGCGGGUUUGAGUCCCUUAUUACCACCAUCACCUAUUUUCCGGGGAACGCUACACUUGAAACUUUACGGCCCAUUCUCUAAGCACAGGAACAAAGGAAUUCACUUUUACAUGCCCAGGAGUCAGCCCCGGUACACCAAGCAUUUGCAGCAGCCAACCCAAAUGCUCCAGCGGCCCAGGCAGUUACUGGCCGAGGGGGUGCUACUCGGGGUGGAGGCACACGUGGUGGACGUGGCAAUCGUGGUGGCCGUGGACCCGGAGGCCGCGGUCGUGGUGGUCGCGGAUAUUAUCAGUACUUUCCUCAACAGCAAUAUGGAGCACAACCGCAACCCUACCCUCCGGGACAACCACACCAGCGUCCACGUGGACCUGCCUAUCCUGGUGGCCCAGGUUCGGUAUUGUGUAAUGUUAUGUCUACUAAUAAUUAUGCUGCUUAUUCUCCUCUAUCUGCUACUCAUAGUUUUAGUGCAGGUUUUCCAUAUGUGGACAACUCCUAUCAGUCUCCUCCUCCUCCAGUUGUUUGCCAGUUAUGUUUUUCUCCAUGUCAUUCCGCCUUGCAUUGUUCGCGUUUCACUGGCUCUACCACUCCUGCCCUUGCUGCUCUUCCCACCGGUGAAACUCAUGAUUCGGUCUGGUACCCUGAUUCUGGAGCUUCCGCGCACAUGACUCCUCACGAAGGUAUCUACAGGGCACAUCAUCACAUGGGUUGUGGUUGCGUACGGACCACAAUAUUUCUGUUAUUAUGGCUUAUUCUGAUGCAGAUUGGGCUGGUUGCCCCGAUAGCUCACGUUCGACUACAGGAUAUGUAGUAUUUCUGGGUUCGAUUUUAAUCUCC